CGAGAGAUCUCUAGUUUCAUUGCAUCUCUCUAGCUUUUGAAGCCCUUUUGCACUGUUGUGACUCCUGAAAAGAUCAACAUGGAUGGAAAGAUGAGCUUGUCGGUGGAGGACGCAGUGGAUUACAAGGGAUCGCUUGCGGACAGAUCCAAGACCGGCGGUUGGGUACCUGCGGCUCUUAUAUUAGGAAUUGAAAUAUGUGAGAGGCUAUCGACGAUGGGAAUCGCGGUGAAUCUCGUGACGUACUUGGUUGGCACGAUGCAUCUUCCAAGUGCGGAGUCCGCUAAUGUUGUGACAGAUUUCAUGGGCACGUCCUUCCUGCUGUGUUUGCUCGGAGGUUUCCUAGCUGAUUCCUUCUUGGGCCGAUACCUCACAAUUGCCAUCUUUGCCGUGGUCCAAGCAUUAGGGACGGGGAUGCUCUCUGUGACAACAAGACUGCCCCAGCUUCGCCCGGCGCCCUGCAACGCUUCUACCGCCACCAAGUCAUGCCAGCAAGCCAAUGGGUUCCAGAUGGGCAUCCUCUACUUGAGCUUGUACCUGAUUGCGCUGGGCACAGGGGGACUCAAAUCAAGUGUGUCGGGCUUCGGGACCGACCAGUUCGACGACAAGGACGAGAAGGAGAAGGCCCAGAUGGCCUACUUCUUCAACAGGUUCUUCUUCUUCAUCAGCACCGGCACCUUGCUUGCAGUCACCGUCCUGGUCUACAUACAAGACGAGGUGGGCCGAAGCUGGGCCUACGCUAUCUGUUGCAUCUCCAUGCUCAUCGCCAUCUUGGUGUUUCUAUCCGGGACAAGGAGAUACAGGUACAAGAAGAGCGCCGGGAGCCCCAUUGUUCACAUCCUUCAAGUUGUCGUGGCUGCAGCGAGCAAGAAGAAGCUCCAGUACCCUUCGAACCUUGCUUUCCUGUAUGAGAAUUGCCCAGAGGCCUCCAGAAUCCAACACACCGACCAAUUCCGUUGUCUCGACAAGGCUGCAAUCAUGGCAGAAGGAGAUAACGAAGUGAACGGUGAGACCUCGAGUCCAAAUCCUUGGAAACUAUGCUCGGUGACCAGGAUCGAGGAGGUGAAGAUGAUGAUCAGACUACUUCCGGUGUGGGCUACGACCAUAUUGUUCUGGACCAUCUAUGCUCAAAUGAUCACGUUCUCUGUAGAGCAAGCGACGACCAUGGAGAGGUCGAUCGGAAGCUUCCAAAUUCCAGCAGGAUCACUGACGGUCUUCUUCGUUGGGGCCAUUCUGAUCACCCUAGCGGUCUAUGACCGCAUGAUCAUGCCCCUGUUGAAGAAAUGGAAAGGCAAACAAGGUUUCACCAACCUACAGAGAAUCGGCAUCGGCCUCGCCCUCUCGGUGCUAGGGAUGGUAGCUGCGGCCGUGGCAGAGGCGAAACGGCUGUCGGUGGCCAGGGGAGCAGGUGCUGCUGCGGCUCAUCGCGGGGGCACGACGCUGCCCAUCAGUGUUUUCACAUUGAUCCCACAAUUUUUCCUGGUGGGCGCCGGAGAGGCAUUCAUAUACACCGGUCAGCUCGAUUUCUUCAUCACCCGGUCGCCAAAGGGGAUGAAGACUAUGAGCACCGGCCUCUUCCUCACCACCCUUUCGCUUGGCUUCUUCCUCAGCAGUUUCCUAGUUUCGAUCGUCAAGACCCUGACAGGCGGCAAACAUGGGAAUGGGUGGCUGGCAGACGACAUCAACCAUGGCAGAUUGGAUUGCUUCUAUUGGCUUCUCGCUGUACUGAGCGCUAUUAAUUUGGGAGCUUUCAUCGUUUCUGCUGCAUGGACAAAGCCACAGGCCGCUAAGAGUGUGGCGAAGAGUUAUUCUGUAGAUGAUCAGUGCUAGGGAUGUGUAAAGGCACCAAAAGGCAUAUCUUGCUACUUUUCUUCCAGCCUUUUUUUUUUUUUGACGAG